AUGGCAAACAGCUCGGAGCCCUCCCCGGCAUCGCUAGCUGAUCCCCUAUUGCGAGAACGGUGGCCCUAUACCGCUGGCAUCGCAGUUGCAUUGAUCUUAAUUGUGCCGCUGAUCAAAUGGAUAUUUGCCACCUUGAGACCAAAGGACUUCCCACCUGGUCCGCCCGUGAUACCAGGCCUCGGGAACCUGCACCAAAUGUCGCCCACCAAACCGUACCUUCAGUUCCACGAAUGGUCAAGGCAAUACGGUGACAUUGUCGGGCUCAAGGCGGGAACAGCUAACCUCGUCCUCCUCAAUACCCCAGAACUGGUCCAUGAGCUCUUUGACAAGCGCGGCGCCAUAUGCUCCAACCGUCCCAUCAACCAUAUCAUGACCAAAUAUGUCCACUCUGACCCUGAAGAGAAGGGUAUCGCCAUCUUGCAAUACGACGACUACUACAGGCGCUGGCGCAAAACUUUCCAGUUCAUCCUGGGCGCCGCCGGUAUCAAGCGGCUUCUCCCUCUUCUGGAAGCCGAGGCGUCGAGCUUGUGUCGCAAACUGCUCGACGGCGGAAGAGACUAUGAGGAGUGCGCCCGGCAUUGGGCGCUGGCGGUACCUCUGGUGGCCACGACCGGCGAGCGCCUCGAGGAUGCACCAUCCGACUAUACGGAGAAGCUGUACCACGCGCAGGAUGUGUUACUCCCUCUAAUCCUGCCUGGCGCCGCGCCUCCAGUGGACAUCUUUCCCAUCCUGAAAUACGUGCCUGGAUUCUUGGCCAAGUGGAAGGGUCGUGCGCGCUAUGCCAGUAAGUGCAUGCGCGACGAUGCCAACAACCACCUCAUGGGUGCAAAGAAGACGUAUCAGCAGAUCCUGAAAGACCCCGACUCUGUUAGGUUCGAUAGUCUAUUACCCAAGAUUAUGAAAGAACAAGACGAUGGAAAUACCAAGGACAAGUUCACGGACACCAAUUUAGCAUUCAUCGGGUCAGCCGCUGUUGGAGCAGCAGUGGACACGACCAUGGCGACCUUCGAGAGUCUCAUGGUUGCAUUCGCAGCCUUCCCAGAUAAGCUUGCCAAGGCCCAACAAGAGAUUGACAAUCUGUCCUUGAACGAGCCAUUGAGCGGUGAUCGAAUCGGCGAGCUAGUAUACCUCAAGGCGUGCAUCUCAGAAGUUCUGCGCUGGCGCCCUACCACACCGCAAGCUCUCCCUCACGUUCUUACACGGGACGAGCGAGUGGGCAAGUACGCCUUUCCUGGCGGCACCAUGUUCAUUGCCAACGCCUGGACCAUCCACCGCAACGAAGAAGAAUAUGAUCGGCCCGACGAGUUUAUUCCUGAGCGCUUUCUGGAUAAUCCUUUUGGACUUCGGCCCUCGUACGCGACCCAGGACCUGGAGAAGAGCGGGCGCAGAGCCCUAUACGCGUUUGGGUCCGGGCGCCGCCAAUGCCCCGGGGAACAGUUUGCAUUCACAUCGGUGCUUCUGGCUGCUUCCAAGCUUAUCUGGGCCUAUGACAUACUGCCUCCACCUCAUGGUCUGGAUAUCAGCAUUGAGAAUGGAUUCAAGGACGGUGUUGUUUUGCAACCGCUUCAUCCCGAGGUUAUUUUCAAAAUAAGAAGUGAAGGGAGAAGAGCAGCCGUGCUGGCUGACGCUGAUCGCACAGCGGAAAUAGCACGAGAGCUACAAGCAUAG